UUUUUUUUAAAUUUCUCUCUCUCUCAAUAUCUCUUAGAUUUUGUUUAAAACUUUUGCCCCAUGAGACAUGGAGUUGGGUUUAAGUUUAGGUGAUCGUCAUACAACCACCACCACCACCACUAGCUCCGCCGUGACAACCACCGUCGCCGCCGCCGGAGUAAAUGAUAGUCUAGGGUUUUGCAUGGCUUUAGGAAUGAACCCAUCAAAAGAAACAAAUAUAGAAAAAGAAGAAAAUGAUGAUGAUGAAAAUAGUGAUGAUGAAGAUGAUGAAAAAGAUGAUGAUCAAAAGAUUAUUGAAGAAAUAAAUAUAAAUAUUGUUGAUAAUAAUCAAAGGAUUAUUUCAACAAAUCCGCCGGUUCAGCUUGAUUUACUACCUUCUGGACCGGUUACUCGUCAUAAUACUUCAUUUCCAUGGUCUUCUGACAACGGGAGUUCCGAGGGGGGUUCAUCGGGAAAUGUGAGGCGGAUGCCGGUAGCGAUGGGGACGGAAGAGGCGACGUCAUCAUUCCGGUUGGAAUUUAUGAGUAAUUUUGGAAGACUUGGAAAUGGUGCAAGUAAGAAUCAUAAAAGGGGUUUUGAGAUUGGAAACGACGUCGUUCAUGAGGUGGAAAGAGCUUCUUCUAGGGCUAGUGAUGAAGAUGAAAAUGGUAUGUCAAGGAAAAAACUCAGAUUAUCAAAAGAACAAUCUGCUUUUUUAGAAGAAAGUUUCAAGGAACACCAUACCUUAAAUCCUAAACAGAAGCUUGCACUCGCACAACAACUUAGUCUUAGGCCUCGACAAGUUGAAGUCUGGUUUCAAAACAGAAGAGCAAGGACAAAACUGAAGCAAACUGAGGUGGACUAUGAAUACUUGAAAAGGUGUUGUGAAAGCCUAACUAUUGAAAACAAAAAACUACACAAAGAGCUUCAAGAACUAAGAGCUUUAAAGACAACUUCACAUCCAUUUUACAUGCAACAUCCUGCCACAACUCUCACAAUGUGUCCGUCAUGUGAGCGAGUUGCCACCACCUCUCCUCCACCACCCGCCACCACCUCAACAAAGGCGGUCGUAACUCUUUCACCAAAGCCAAGAUCAUUUUUUCCGGUCGCACCACCAUCUACUAACUCCCACCACCCGCAUGCAACAUCCUCAUGAAGAAGAGAAAACUAGAUCUAAAGUAUAGAGAGUGAAGAUAUUGAUUAUGUAGAUAUACUCUACAAGCUCUAGUAGUGUAUUUAAUUUGUGAUAUAUAAAUAUGUGAAGUUUGUGAUUUACUACACCAUAAAGAUAGGGGGGAAAAGGAACAAGUGCGAAAUUGUACGAAAAUUUAGUGAAAGUUUUUGAGGAAGAAAAGGGCAAAGUUUUUAUCUUUUUAA